UUUUUUCUCACACUCACACACAAGCAGCGGCUCCGUCCCUCCCUCUCCGGCCUCUGCUCUUUCUUCCUCCUCCUCGUUGCCGCAGCCGCAGCCGCAGCCGCCUCCGCCCCGCCUUCGCCGUGCGCUGCGGCCGGCGGAUGGGACCCGCAGGCCGGCUGUCCGUGGCGGCCGCUCUCCUCUCAUGCCUAUGUUUACAUGGGCUGUUGGGGAAUUCCGGGCAGGCAUUUGGUCAGGGCCCGCCGGUGCUCCACCGGAUCGACCACGCGGAGGAAGAUGACGACAGCGGCGGCCUCAUGCCGGAGCUCUCGCCGACCGGCUCCCCCCAGCCCUUCGUCCCCUUCCUCGCGCCUGCCCCUCUCGCGCCCUUCUACAACAACUCUACGCCCAAGUUGGUUGAGAGUGGUCUUUAUACUUUGGAGUUCAUGAAGAAUUGGAAUGAGACAGAGGUCGCCAAAGAGCUCAAUUCAGCAUGCAUUGACAAGGUUAGGGCCAACAUUCUAAUGGACAUUCUUACCAUCAGAGAUAAUGUAGCGGCACUUCCAGAUUUCGUCCAACUACUAGUGAGGCAAUACGAGGAUGGAGUCGUCGUGAAGAAAUGA